AAAAAUAAAAAUCUCAGUAUUUUAAAGGCCUAAAUAAACUUUCAAAGCCCAUAGUAAAGAUGCAAACAAAAUUUAGCUUCGAGUAGCUUCGAGUGAGAUGGAGAGUGAGCAAGACCUAAUCGUAACCGUCGCCGUCGCCGUCGCCGUGCCGUUUCUACCGCCACUGCCACCGCCACCGCUACAGCCAUUCAUCUUCCAGCGGCGAAGAAAGCGACAAAAAGAAAAUCUUCUCCUCCAAAAACAAAUUCUCUUCCCGCAAUGCUUCUUCCAAGUGACGGUGCGGUUGGGUGAUAAUGCGGAUCACUACUAUGUUCUGUCCAGAUUUUUGCUCAGUAGGAUGCUAACUGUAACCAAGAUUCCAAAUCAUGUAGCUAUUAAAAUUGCUCUUGAACUGAAGAAGCUGCUCAUUGACAAUAGCCUUCAAGAUGUGUAUGCAUUAUUCGGUAACUAUUUCAGUGGGUCAAUUCCAGAGUGGAUAGGCCAAAAGAAAAACCUGCAGUUUCUUGAUUUCUCUCAAAACUUGUUCUACAAAACCAUUCCUUCAAAUUUAGGUGACGUCGUUAGAAUGACUAGAUAUUGGGAAAAAUUCAUUUCUCUAUCUUUCUAAACCAU